AUGGACGCUCUCGUCUCUUUCGCACCAGGCCUCGCAGUCCGCUUCUUCCUAUACUCUAUCGGAAACAUCAGCCCCAAGGCAGAAUGGGCACUCAUAGGGCUGUGGGAUGGCUACGCUGUCCAGAAAAUGACGGGGCGGACGGCCUCGCACGAGACAACAGCCAUCUACGCCCUGCUCUUCCUCGUCGACCUCUACAUUUCUCGCAGCUUCUACAAGACUGCAGUCACAUCGCUGUGGACGGUUCUGGGCGUGAUCGUGACGGAGCUGCUUGGUCCCAACCACCGGCAUGAUACCACGAGUGAACGGAGGCGAGGCAGGCGGCGCUCGAUAAACCCCGUCAUACCGAGCCAGCCCAUUCGCGCACCCCCAGCUCGCCAGCCCCGCUCAACCGAUGUCGCCCAUCCACCCGAAUCCACCCCGAGUCGACGUAUGAUCGAGGAGCAGACGGCGGUCACAUUCGCUGCGCCGUCCACCACUUCGUUGUCCAGCGACAUGUCGACUCUCGCGUCCAGUGGGUCUGCGACGUCUAGAGAGAAUAUUUGGGACAGCGUCCGAGCCGUCGCCUCUGCUCAGCCGCAUAGCUCUAACGAGACCACACAUCGUGCUACCAUGUACCCGAGCAACUCAACAACACCGUAUGAUACACAUCUACCCUCCCCUCCCGACACCUUCCAGCAGCGAACGCCCCUCUUUGGCGAAGCUGGACAUCGCACGGGCAUUGCAGGCAAUGUUCCUGGCGGCUUCACUUCCCGCGAUGAGACGACCAGCCCCAGUCCCACACCACGAAACAGUCCGCCGCCUCUCAUGGUGCCCUAUGUGAACGUAGAUCCUCCAACCAGCCAGGGGCUCCUGUCUUCCGACUCAGAGCCUGCGCUUCCUCCAAAUCUUCUGUCGCCUCUGGAUAUCAUUCCGGCCGGGGGCGCGCCCCAACCAGAGGAGUACAAAAUAGUCCCGCCUCGGAGGUCAACGCCGAUGCCUGUUAUAACUGAAGACCCGCCAGUAGCGAGCACCUCGCGAGCAGUGAAAGCAGAGGACAAUGAUGCGAGGCUGACUUCGUCGGACGAGGACAGCGACUCCGACGUCCCCAACGAUCGCACAAGUAUGCUCAAAGCAGCAGAGAGGUACCGUCAACAAUCCAAAGGCUUCGAUAACGACGUCAAGAAGCUUAAGUCCGAACGUAAAACCGCCGAAGACGCUAACAAGAAACGACAGAGCGUCGCCUUGAAGAGCAGAAUAGGCACCACUGAGGAGCAAGCAUCUAAGUACCAUCUCAAAGCCGACAAUCUCUUCGUCCGUCUGGACAAUCCGCCAUCGAAACCAGCCACCCUUGACCUGAAACGCGUGAUCACCGUAAAGGCUGCCCUCCAUGCACUCAAAGAACGCCUCCCGAUCUUCCUCGACAGCAAUGAAGCCAGCCUCACCAUCCGCUUGGGGACUCGCGUCCGCGAGCACGAGGGGAAACAUCCCGCACAGAAGCAAUGA